UGGGGUGCGGGGGAAAGGUGUCUGGAGGUCACGGUACCACAGAAGCUGCGGAACUGGGAGGCAAACCGCUCCUGGUGCUCAUAGGGAAACUGAGGCACAGAGAGGGUCAAGGACUUGCCCAGAGUCCUCCUGUGAGCUGCAGGUAGAGCCGGGCAGGAAUUCCGGUCCCCCGAUUUGCUGCAUUAGAGAAACAUGGAGAAAAGCAGGUGACGGGCGGGGUGGAGAGCGGAGAGUACCGGCAGCUGCAGCAUACAGUGGCGGCGUCCCACGGUGGCGGCGUCCCGGGGUGGAAUGAAAUCCGGCGCCGCUGCUGCUGCUGGCGGGGAGCGGGCUAGCUAGGACCGCAGGUCCUCCCGGCGUCAGGUGUCCGGCCAGCAAUCGGGCAGCCAGGAGCCAGCCCGACGGUGGUACCGGCCUGUACCGGCCUGCAAACCCCCUCGGCCUGGCCCAGCCCCGCGCCCCCACGCAUCCUUCCGCGGGACUUCGAGGGUCCUCCGCCCCAUUUCCCCGGCGUUCGCCCGGGGUCGGGGAGGGGCCUAAUCCCGGUGGCCUCCAGAGGCGGCGGGCAGGCGGGGCCCCAUUGGGGGACGUCUUUAUAAGCGUCUCUGCUCCUCUCCCCGCCCUCCCCAGCUCCGAGCUCGGGAUGGCGCUGGGCAUGGGGGCUGUCUCCCUCCUCCUCUUCUUCCUCUUGCUGCUCGUCCUCCUCCUGGGGUUCCGGGGCCGCCGCUUCUCUCGCCUUCCCCCGGGGCCGCUGCCGCUGCCGCUGCUGGGGAAUCUGGGCCAGCUGUGGCCGGGGGCCCUGUACCCUGGGCUGCUCCAGCUCAGUGCUAAGUACGGCCCUGUGUUCACUGUGCACCUGGGCUCCCGACCAGUAGUCAUCCUCAGUGGUUAUGAGGCCGUCAAAGAAGCACUGGUGGACCAGGCAGAGGCAUUCGCUGGUCGAGGGAAAGUGGCCACACUGGAGAAGACCUUCAAUGAGCAUGGUGUUUUCUUUGCCAAUGGGGAGCAAUGGAAAUACCUUCGGAAGUUCACUACCCUCUCUCUAAGAAAUCUGGGCAUGGGAAAGAAGGAAGGAGAAGAGCAAAUUCAAGAGGAAGCCCGCUACCUGGUAGAAGCAUUAGAGAACACCCAAGGGUCCCUGUUGGAGCCUUCUCUCCUCCUGUGUCAGGCCGUCUCUAAUGUCACCUGCGUCCUCCUCUUUGGGAGUCGCUUUGACUACAAAGAUAAGAAAUUCCAAGAUGUGGUGCUUGCUGCUGGUGGUGUCCUGAAGGAGAUCAGCUCUCCAUGGGGGCAGCUCUGUGAGAUGUUCUUGGGUCCCCUCUACUACCUGUCAGACAUCCUUCGCUAUCUCUCAGCUCCCCAUAGCCGGCUCACAGAUCACCUAGGCACCUUGGCAACCUUUGUCUCAGACCAGAUCCAGCAGCACCAGGAGAAGCUGGAACCUCAGGCCCCUGCCAGGGACUUUGUGGAUGAUUUCUUGAUCAAAAUGGGCCAGGAAGAAAAAGCCCCAGGGUCUAGCCCCACAGAUUUCCUGCUGACUGCUGUGAACCUGCUCUUUGGGGGGACAGUAACAGUCAGUGCCACACUCAGCUACGCCUUCCUGCUCUUGCUUAAAUACCCAGAGAUCCAAGAUCGAAUCCAGGAAGAGCUGAGCCAAGAGCUCGGACGUGACCGGGCCCCCAGCCUGGGAGACCGUGGGCGUCUCCCCUACACUGAUGCCUUCCUGCAUGAGGUUCAGAGGUUCCUGGCCCUCAUCCCUAUGGGGGUGCCCCGUGCCCUCACAAAGCCCACUUCUUUCCGGGGCUAUGACCUGCCCCAGGGCAUUGAAGUCUUCCCACUCCUGGGCUCCGUGCUACAUGACCCGGAAUGCUUUGAGCGUCCAGAGGAAUUUGACCCGAGCCGCUUCCUAGAUGCUGAUGGCCAAUUCAAGAAAAAUGAGGCCUUCUUGCCUUUCUCCUUGGGAAAGCGCAUCUGCCUUGGGGAAGGCCUGGCCCGCACCGAACUCUUCCUCUUCUUCACCACCAUCCUCCAAAAUUUCUCCCUGGAGAGUCCAUCCCCAGCAGAGGCUCUGAGCCUCCGGCCAGCCAUCGGUGGUUUUGCCAACAUUCCUCCAACCUUCCAGCUUCGAUUCAGGCCCCGCUGACUGGCUGAGAGGGCAGCAGGAGAUCCCAUCCCCCCCAGGGCUGAUGAACUGGUGCCCCAGUUGGAAUGGACCCAGGGGGGUUAGAGACAAGCUCCCUAAGGUCCCCCUGCGAACAAAGACCUUGGAGUAGAUUCAUACAUUCUGGAGAUCCCCAGCUUUGCUCACCAAUGCGGACAAACCAACAUCCUGUAUUUAUUCAAUUCAACCUACCCUUUGUUAGCCAUUUCCUGUGUAUAAGAAAUUGUUGCCAAUUUGGA